AUGAACGGGGACCCCAACGACACAGAAUAUCUCGAGCACUAUCAUCUUCCGGUCACGACAUCGAUUGGUCUUGGUGGUCUGGUAGACAACUUCUUCGAUGACCCGGUCUUCUACAGUGAGUUGUCUCAAGAGAGGACAUAUUUCUGGACAGGCCAACAGAGCCCAAGCAAUGAUCACAUCGAUGUCCCCAGCACGUCAAUGCUGCCAUCACUGCAUAUAGGAAGUGAUCUAGGUUCAAAAGAAGCCUACUCGUGCUCGUUAGGGGGCCCCGUGACGGACCUGGACUUUUCAGGCAGCACGACAGAGGACGGGCGAUCGACCCGUGACGAGAAGCCGCGGUGCUGGGACCACGGAUGCAAUGGAAAGGAGUUCUCAUCGAAGAGCAACUUCAUGAGACACGUCAAGGAAAGAUCAGGGGCGAGCACGAAGUGCACGUGUCCCCUCUGCGGCGCCAUAUUCACGCGCAACUCGGCCAGAGACACGCAUCUGGCCAAGCAGAGCUGCAACCGCAUCCGCCGCUACUCCAAUGGCCGGCCGCGCCCCAGCCGCCUCGCCGUACUGGGAAAUCCUCGCUUAGCAGCUGCAGCUGUGGCGGCCACCCAAGAUAUGCAUUGGCAGGCCGUCGACUGGGGCACCAGUGCCGUGGGCGAUUCGAGCCGCUUCGGAGCCACGAACGCGAUGGGAUAUGCAUGA